AUGAUUUUGCCAUUUAUAAAUCUUGAACAAAUUUCAUCAAUAAAUGAUGACUCUACAAUCAAAUCUAUAGGUUUAACUGGAGAUGUAAUUAUAUGUAUACCAAGUGUUAAUGACAUAAAUCUACUUUCAGAUUUUCUUAAAACCUAUCAAUUGGGCUCUUAUUGGGUGUAUCCAAUAAAAGAUAUAAACUCCAAUGACAUGGAAAAUGUUAUAAAAAUUCUUGAUCAAGGUUGUGCAAAAAUUGUCAUUCCUGGUUCUUUGAUUUUAUCAUCACCAACUUCUUUACCAGAAAAAAUUUUUGAUAUUCCAUCAGAAAGGUUGGCAAUAAAUUUAAAUCUCUAUGAUUUAUCGGGACAAAAUAGUAAAGUCGACCAAUUGGUUAACAAGUUAUAUUCAUUGGUUUCUGGAUAUAUUAUCACUAUUUUGGAACAAGAUUUAUCUGAAAAAUUAAAAAAUUCUUAUCCUGAAAAUCUUUUUAAAACAUUGGAAAAUUUUAUUGAUUUAAAUCAAAAAAAUAUAUUAUCAUCAGGAGGACUUGCAAAAAUUGGUGUCAAUCUCUUGAAAAAAGAUUUUAAUUAUUCGUUAGAUUUGAUAAAAAAAUUUUCAGAUAAAAAUUUAGCUCCAGUAGUUCCAAUUGAAAAGCUUACUUUGGAGUCGGAUCAUGACAAUUCUACUAUUAAUUUAGCUGAUUCAUUUAGUUGUACUCUAAAAUCAGAUCGUCCUGACAAUUUGUUUACUACAGUUGUGGUAAAUGAAAGUGAUGAAGCAUUAGGUGUUGUUUAUUCUUCAACUGAAAGCAUAAGAGAAGCAAUCAAAACCAGAACAGGUGUUUAUCAAAGUCGAAAACGUGGAUUAUGGUACAAAGGUUCAACAUCGGGUGCAAUCCAAGAAUUAAGAAAAAUUCUGAUUGAUUGUGAUAAUGACUCAUUAAAAUUUGUUGUUAAACAAUUUGGAAGUG